UUACAUCAUAGAAGAAGUAGCGUUGGACGCUAGCUAAUUAUCUAAGCUCAACUGGCUGACAAGCUGGCUAGCUAACGUUAUUUUUCCUCGCAGAAACAAAAACUGAACUAGCUACAUACCAAGUGAAUUGAAAUUAGAAACAAAACCAGGACAAUGAAGACGCGGAUAGACACUGCAUUUGUACUUGUGUUCACGUUACUUGCCUUUAGUACUUGUUCAGGAUUCUACCUUCCGGGUUUAGCCCCAGUGAGUUUUUGUGAAGAUGUAAAAGGAGGCGAUGAUUGUCAGACUCUCAUCCAGCUGUUUGUGAAUCGCUUGGACUCAGUGGAAUCAGUUCUGCCCUAUGAAUAUGACGUCUUUGACUUCUGCAAAGAUGACAACGAGAGGAGACCGUCUGAGAACCUGGGCCAGGUGCUAUUUGGUGAGAGAAUUGAGACGUCGCCAUACAAGUUCUCAUUCAAAAAAGAUGAGAAAUGCAAGAAAUUGUGCACCAAAACCUAUGUGAAGGAUAAAACCGAGGAUAAGAACAUGCUGGACUUCCUCAAGAGAGGAAUGCAGUUGAACUACCAGCACCAUUGGAUUGUUGACAACAUGCCAGUCACCUGGUGCUAUGAUGUGGAAGACAGUCAGAAAUACUGCAAUCCUGGAUUCCCCAUCGGCUGCCUCGUCACCACCGAAGGGCGCGCUAAAGAUGCCUGUGUCAUCAAUUCUGACUUCAACAAGAAGAACACAUUUUACAUCUUCAACCACGUGGACAUCAAAUUGACCUACCACAAUGGGGAAGGGGAGGGGUGGAGAGGAGCUCGCCUGGUGGCUGCCACACUGGAGCCCAAGAGUAUCAACAAUGCUGACAAACCGACAUGUGAAGGCCCUCCCAUGGAGGUUCCUGGAGAGUUUAGCAGUGAUGUGAAAAUCACCUACACCUACUCUGUCAGCUUCGAGGAAAACAAUGACAUCAAGUGGGCCUCUAGAUGGGACUACAUUUUGGUCUCCAUGCCUCACACCAACAUCCAGUGGUUCAGCAUCAUGAACUCUCUGGUCAUCGUGCUCUUCCUGUCUGGCAUGGUGGCUAUGAUAAUGCUGAGGACCCUGCACAAGGACAUCGCCAGGUACAACCAGGUGGACCAGGAAGACUUGAUAAAGGCUCCACCACCACAAGGAAAAUCCAUAUUCUAUGAGGAUGCCCAGGAGGAGUCUGGGUGGAAGCAGGUGCACGGGGAUGUGUUUAGGCCUCCCAGGAAGGGCAUGCUGCUUUCUGUGUUCCUCGGCCAGGGAACCCAAAUCUUCAUCAUGACUUUCAUCACCCUCUUCCUGGCCUGCCUGGGGUUCCUGUCUCCAGCUAACCGAGGGGCUCUGAUGACCUGUUCUGUGGUGCUGUGGGUUCUGCUGGGCACCCCUGCAGGAUACGUGUCAGCACGCCUCUACAAGACUUUCGGUGGUGAGAAAUGGAAGACAAAUGUCCUGUUGACAGCACUGUUGUGUCCAGGGAUUGUGUUUGCAGACUUCUUCCUGAUGAACUUGAUCCUGUGGGUGGAAGGCUCGUCGGCUGCCAUCCCCUUCGGCACGCUGGUGGCCAUCUUAGCUCUGUGGUUUGGUAUCUCCGUGCCCCUCACCUUCAUCGGUGCUUACUUCGGCUUCAAGAGACCCGCCAUUGAGCAGCCGGUGAGAACCAACCAGAUCCCCAGACAAAUCCCAGAACAGUCGUUCUUCACCAAGCCUGUCCCCGGCAUCGUCAUGGGGGGCAUCCUGCCCUUCGGCUGCAUCUUCAUCCAGCUCUUCUUCAUCCUCAAUAGCAUCUGGUCUCACCAGAUGUACUACAUGUUUGGUUUCCUCUUCCUGGUCUUCAUCAUCCUCCUCAUUACCUGCUCUGAGGCUACCAUCCUGCUAUGCUACUUCCACUUGUGUGCGGAGGACUACCACUGGUGGUGGCGUUCGUUCCUGACCAGCGGCUUCACGGCCGUCUACCUGUUCGUCUACGCCGUCCACUACUUCUUCUCCAAGCUGCAGAUCGUAGGAGCCGCCAGCACCAUCCUCUACUUCGGCUACACCUCCAUCAUGGUGCUCAUAUUCUUCCUCUUCACAGGCACAAUUGGAUUCUUUGCCUGCUUCUGGUUUGUAAAUAAAAUCUACAGUGUGGUGAAGGUGGACUAACGGAAUGAAGGCCGGACUCCCUGCUCUCCCAGUGCAGCGCUUUUACAGUGACCGCUUUGAGGAAAGGAAGCCCUUUGAAUGACUUGAAAACUUGAUAUGUUGCGGUCGUAAUUAUUUUGGCUUUUACCAUCUAAGAUUAAUUGACAUUUGGAUUUGACUUGCACCUUGAUCAUCUACGAGGUGAGUUCCAAAGAUCUAAGUUAGCGGGUGACUGGUUAGGGGAGGGUGGUGAAGGAUGUUCCAAAAUGAUGUUUUUCCCCAUUUCUAAUGUAAAAAAACACAAACAAAAGUACUUUAUUUUGCUUUUAUAUUCUGAGAAACCUAAACUUAUAUUUUUAUUUUUCACCAACUCUGCUGUAUUCAGAAGAUGUGUUGAUACUUAAAGAAUGUCACCUAUGGGUCUGUCCUUUACACAUUUUCUGUUUCUGUUUUGUUUUUAUAUUUGUUUGGUGAGGUGAGGGCGGGCUGUAGCAUCCUAACCAUUUAAUGACCUGUACUAUCGUUUGGAAUCUGUAUAAAUAUCUACAACUGA